AUGACUUUGUUCAUUAAGAGAUUCAAGAAAGUCAUGAAGAAGGAUGGGUACUUCAACAAGGAUAAGAGAAGAAGCAAGAUUAAGAGAAAGUCAUGCUUUGGAUGUGGGGAAGUUAGUCAUUUCAUUGUCGAUUGCCCCAACCCAAAGAACAAGAACAAAAGCGAGAAGAAAGAAUAUGGCAAAGGGAAGAAGAAGUACUCCGGUGAAGCUCAUCUUAUUCAAGAGUGGGAUUCAAGUGAAGAAUCAUCCUCCGAUGAUGAAUGUGUGGCAACCAUGGCCGUGGAAGCCCACAUCAUCAAGUCAUCUCUCUUUGAAGACCUCACUGAUGAUGAAGAUGACUCCACUUGCUUCAUGGCAAAAGGGGCAAAGGUAGAUUCUAAAUCCAACUCCAAUGACGAUAAUGAUGAUACUCUUGAUGAUAAUGAACAUGAAAACAUGAUAAAGGAACUUGGUAAAAAGGCAACAAGUAAAAUAAUGAAGCUUAUGAUAGAGAUAAAGGAUAAGGAUGAGACUCCUGAGCAGCAAGAAGAGUUUAUUAGGCUUGAGCGAGAGAAAACCGUAGGCCUCGAGAAAUCUCUUUCCAAAGAAAGGAAGAGUUUCAAGGUGCAAGAGGACUUGCUCAAAGCCAAAAUUAACAAAAUUCUUGAACUUGAGGAGUCUCUAGCUAAGGAGAAGGAAAAGACUGCCUACGAGCUUCUAGAUGGUAAAAAGCCUAACGUGUCUUACUUUAGUGUUUUUGGAAGUAAUUGCUUCAUUCUCAACAAGAAGCCCAAAAGCUCUAAGUUUGCACCAAAAGUUGAUGAAGGUUUUCUUCUUGGUUAUGCAUCAAAUGCUCAUGGUUACCGUGUCUUCAAUAAUUCUUCUGAAUAUGUUGAAAUUGCGUGUGAUGUGACAUUUGAUGAAUCUAACGGCUCUCAAAAGGAGCAAGUUGAUUUGAAUGAUGCAGAUAAUGAAUUGCCACCUCAACAAGCCAUUGAAAGCCUAGAAAUUGGAGAAAUGAGACCUCAAGAGAAGAAUGGUCAAGGAGCUUCAAAAGAUGGGCCAAAUACCAUUACUGCUGAAAACUCCGGAGACUCCGGCCAAACUUGUGGAAACUCCACAGGUUCUGAAGAUUCUGGACAAAUCUCCGGAAACUCCGGAGAUGCUGAUGAAGAGGCCCUUGACCAAGACAAAGAAAAUGAGGAUGAUGAUCCCGUGCAACACCAACCUCAAACACCUCACCCCAAGAGUUCACUAAAGUGUAAAACGUGA